AAAAAUACUUUACUCUCUCUUUCUUCAUUUACUUCAAUCUAAUUUCUUCUCCUUAUCAUCCUCUUGUUCUUGAUGUUCAACGAUGCCAUAAAGAAAAACUGAACAACCCUAAAGUACUGUAUAAAUCCUAUAUCAAAUUUUUUUUUUGGAAGAAAAGGCUAUAUUUAAAAGAAAAUCAAGCAAAAGUAGAUCCUCGGAUGUAUGGGAAGAGGCCUUUUGGAGGUGAUGAAUCUGAAGAAAGGGAAGAAGAUGAGAACUUGUUCCCGGUCUUCUCGGCCCGAUCUCAACACGACAUGCGUGUUAUGGUCUCGGCCUUGACUCAAGUAAUCGGAAACCAACAAAGCAAAUCUCAUGAUAACAUCAGCUCUAUUGAUGAUAACUAUCCUUCUGUGUAUAAUCCACAAGACCCUAAUCAACAAGUUGCGCCUACUCAUCAAGACCAAGGGGACUUGAGGAGGAGACAUUAUAGAGGUGUAAGGCAAAGGCCAUGGGGAAAGUGGGCAGCUGAAAUCCGAGACCCAAAAAAGGCGGCACGUGUGUGGCUCGGGACAUUUGAAACCGCUGAAUCUGCGGCCUUAGCUUAUGAUGAAGCAGCCCUAAAGUUCAAAGGAAGCAAAGCAAAACUCAAUUUCCCGGAGAGGGUUCAGCUUGGAAGUAACUCUACAUAUUACUCCUCCAACCAAAUUCCACAAAUGGAACCACAAAGUAUACCGAACUAUAAUCAAUACUAUCAUGAUGCGAGUAGUGGUGAUAUGCUAAGUUUUAAUUUGGGCGGUGGGUAUGGGAGUGGUACCGGAUAUUCAAUGUCUCAUGAUAAUAGUACUACGACUGCUGCUACAACUUCUUCGUCUUCUGGUGGCUCUUCUAGGCAACAAGAAGAGCAAGAUUAUGCCAGAUUCUGGCGCUUUGGGGAUUCUUCUUCCUCUCCUCAUUCGGGAUAUUAAUUAGGAGAUUUGAUCAGUUACUUGUGAUGAAGUAAUGAUACAUUUCCCGUCAAAAUUGAGAUGAUCAUAUGCUUCCUGAAUGUUUUUGAGUGUCAUUUUUGUCUUCCGCGUUAAGAUUUAUUGAACGUGUUUUCUUGUUUUUUUGGUUAAUAUCUUGGAGGUUUUUGGCUCCUACAUACAUGACAACAUAACAUCACCGAUUCGAACUUCAACGCACGAUAAAAUGCAUUAGAUAGUUGAUAUACAUUAUACAGAUUGCAAAUAUAGAGUAUCGAUUAUGGUGCAAUUAAAUACCAUAAAGAAAACUACGUUCCGUU